UAUUACCACGACUCUCUCUCUGAACUGUUCCUUCAUCCCGGAAGCCCAGUAAAAAACUGGAGAGAGAAACUUUAGGUUUUUCCCAUCCCAGAUUGAUCUUCACAAACCCUACGCCUUCUCAGAUCUCAAAAGCCACCAUUGAUGGCGGAUCAAAGCAAGCCGGUCACUGGUUACCCAGCGGCUCAACCCUAUUAUGGAGCUACGCCAUCGGGAAACCCAUCCUCUGCAAAUUCUUACCCUGCUCCUCCCCCUUACUAUGCAAACCCUUAUUACCAACCUCCUCCUCCUCCUCCUCCUCAACCCUACUAUAACUCCGCGACAUAUGGUUCGAGCUUGAUACGCAGGGCAUUUGCCAUAGCCAUAGCCGUGAUCAUAAUCUUUGGUCUCGUAAGCCUAAUUUUCUGGCUGGUUCUGCGGCCUAAAGUUCCUGAGUACACGGUCCAAUCUGCUUCGAUCUCUCAAUUCAACCUCUCUGAUAGCAAAUUGACUGCAAAUUGGAAUGUUACUCUCAAUUCCUUUAAUGGAAACAAGAAGAUGGGGAUUUACUACGAUGAAAUUAGGGUUUCCUUGUACUAUGGCUCUGAAUUACUUUCUCAAACCGGGCUUCCUCCUUUCUAUCAGGAAACGAAGAACUCAACUGUUUUGAUCGCAAGAUUUGCAUCCGAUGGGGACUUUGUUGGUGAUGAAGUUGGGAAGAAAAUGAGUGCUCAGAAAGGGAAUGGAAAUGUGGAGUUCAAUGUAAGGUUGGCUGCUUGGGUUAGGUUUAACACAGGGGGUUGGAGAACCAGGCGCCAUGUUCUUAUUGUUCUAUGUGAUCAUGUGAAUAUUGGGUUCAAUUCUUCGAGUUCGGUGGUUGGAAACCUGACGAGGGAUUUUGUGCCUUGCAGGGUUGAUGUGUGAGUCUUGUCUCUCUUUCCCCUUUUGACUGACCGGUUUUAGAGUAGGCUUUUUUGGUUGGGGUGGUUAUCUUAAGCGGUUGUUUGGGACCCUGGAUCUUGUCAAUAUUAAUCAGGGAAACUGGAAUAUACUUUCUUUUACUUUCUCUCUAUUUAUUUAUUUAUCCUUUUGUUGAUGGUGCCUCAUUGAUAAUCUGAACAGUUCGAUGUACUUUCUUUUUAUUGAGUUUAUGUAAUAAUCUGCAAUAGUUUUUCCCUUGCA